AUGACCGAAGCAGCUCAGGCCGUGAUUUAUCCUCGGUAUUGCUUUCACCUGUCGCCGACAGCCAAUUCCUGGUGUCUGGUCACCGCGUCUGACAUUCACGGUCUAAGGCAACACCCAGGCUUUGAAGGAGAGAAUUUCUUCUUCUACAAGAAUUUACCGAUAAAAUGGGCACGGGUUGUUGGACCUGUUGUGGCAAUCGACGAGGCUGCAGGUAGGCGACGCAUCUACACCAUCGAUGACAGCAGUGGAAAAUGUAUCGAGGCGCUGGUCAAGAUGCCACCGCCUACUACGCUCAAUGAUGCACCAAGAAGAAUGCAGGCCAGAGCAGGAGCAGCUGCUGGCGGCGCUGCAGAGCCCAGCGCACCGGAUUCAGACUCUCUUGGGCCAUACGGCCACAUUGAUGUCGGCGAUGUUGUGGACGUAAAGGGGGCCCUGUCCACUUUCAGGGAAAAGGCACAAAUCAAUGUUGAGAAGAUGGUAAUUGUCAAGGGCACAGCUCAGGAAGUUAAGCUAUGGGAAAAAAGAACCAAGUUUCGCCAAGAAGUCCUUGACCGAACCUGGAUCCUAUCCGAGAAAGAAAUUCGGCGUUGUCGCAAAGAAGCCGAGGCUUCAGACGCGAGGCUUGGGAAAAAGAAGAAGCAUCUGAAAGCUGUUUCAGAGGGUGGUACGGGGUACCCAAACGACUUAUGCACUUCAGAUGGUGAAAUUGUACAUUAUAAUCUGGAAAGGGGUAACAGAUCAACCGAACGUUGGUGGAAGAAGAAUUAUACCUGCAAGAAAUCAGCUCCUCAACAAAGGCUAGCUUCCGCCGACAUCGUUGAGACUAGCUCAAACAUUUCCAGGGAAACACCUCAAGAGCUUCGCUUUAACAGCACCGAUCCGGCCCUGACGUCUGGGUUAGGACCCAAAGAGACUGAGAAGGCUGCAAGCUUGUUUCAAUCCUUAUUUACUACAAUGGCACCGCAAGAUAUUUUCGACCGACCCGUGGAUACAAAAGCACCGCCGUCAACCAUAUCUGUCCGUAAAGAUCAUCCGGAACCCCGCAAAGGGAUUCGUUCCCAGGCACCACUGCAAACCAACAAAUUCUAUUCCAACUUCUUCUUGGGUGACCAAACGGGUCCGAGUUUUACUUUCCCGUACUCUGUAGCGUGGGCGCGCGGCAAAGGCGCUAGCGGUAGCUGGGGACUGUCCUGCUCUCAUAUUGACGAACAACAGAGAGUUUUCGGCAACGAGAAGUUCAAUGGAGCUUCAUCCUAUUAUCUGAACCCAAUAGGGAUUCAGUCAAUGGUUAUUUCAGCUAAGGAGCUCGGCAAGGAAACAGCGUUAUCUACAGACAGCAUAACCGCCUUUUCCGCUAGAGUCCAUCUAAGCAAAAACGAGUCAUCAGAGCCGGCUGUAUCAUAUCCUUUGGUGCAAGGAAUGGCAUAUAUUACGGCACAGUUCGAUGGCUCCGUGCCCUUGAUUCAAUCAGGGGUGUUCUUCAAGGCUGUGAGCCGUGUGACAAAUAACCCAAAGGACCAUGUCACAAAGUACAACUUCCAUUUGGAAGAUGGGACAACAUGGAGGGUAUAUGGAUGGAGAACCAAGGGCGAUGAGUUGGACUUGAAGGUCGUCAACAAUGGGCUGGCAGAGUCAAAGAACCCAUUCUACGGCAUCAUUCAAGUUUGUAAAGAUCCCGUUACCAAGGGAUCUGAAGAACUUUUCGACGAUGGUGCUGGAGUCUACCCUGUAACAGUAACACUGUCAGGAUCUGCUGUCGGAAAGGAAGGCUCAUAUUGUUUCAAGUUCCAGAAAGAUGGGCAUCAGUUGGGUCAUCUUUACAUGUUUGCUCUACCGCAUCAUGUAUCGUCAUUUAACGGGGAUACAAAGGAGCGGGUUCAGGAUGUUCGACUUCAAUCUCCCACAAAGGGCGUUGCCAGUUUAGUUAAGGGGAGUGAGUGGACAAUGGUUGAGCGCAAUAUGCCUAUAGACAUGCAAUUUGCUCCAUGGCACCCGGAAAAGGGUUCUAUGGCGGAACUGUCUGAUAAGGCGAAAGGAAUAAUUCGUGCCGCUGCCGCCAAAGAGCUGUCGCAAAACAUACCAGCUCAAACGAAUCUCGACUCCAUGUAUUUCAGCGGAAAGGCACUUGCUAAAUUCGCAACAAUCUUGUACGUUGUUCAAGAGCUACUGCGCGACAAGACAUUGGCAAAGAAGGGACUUGGUCCGUUGAAAGCAGCUUUCGGUACCUUUGCAGCCAACAAGCAAAAGUUUCCUCUGGUAUAUGAAAGCAAAUUCGUAGCUGCUUGGGGCGGGAUAGUCUCAUCGGCAAGUUACGAGACAGGGGACGCUGGUAUAGAUUUUGGAAAUACUUACUACAACGAUCACCACUUUCAUUACGGCUAUCAUAUACUUGCCGCCGCGACCAUUGGGCAACUUGAUUCAGAAUGGGCCAAGGCGAAUAAAGAUUAUGUCAAUCUGCUUGUCCGUGAUGUUGCAAACCCAAGCGCAGAAGACAAACACUUUCCACUUUGGCGCAGUUUUGACUGGUAUCAUGGGCACAGCUGGGCUCAUGGUCUUUAUGCCGCCAUGGACGGCAAGAACCAAGAGUCGAGUUCUGAGGACAUGAUGUGUGCCUAUGCAUUGAAGAUGUGGGGGAAAGUGAUCAAAAAUUCCGAUCUGGAGAUGAGGGGAAACUUGCAACUGUCCAUCAUUUCACGGAGCCUGCAGAGUUACUAUUUGUACAAAAAAGACAACACAGUACAGCCAAAGCAGUUUAUCGGCAACAAAGUGGCGGGAAUUCUUUUCGAGAACAAGAUUGACCAUACAACAUUCUUUGACCCAAAUAUCGAGGCUAUUCAAGGUAUACACAUGAUACCAAUUCUGCCACCAACCCCGUUUGUUCGGGAUGACAAGUUUGUCAAGGAGGAAUGGGAGGCGUAUUUCAGCAAGGGCCGAGUGGACGAUAUUCGCAACGCCUGGAAGGGAAUUAUUUACGCCAACUAUGCCACGGUUGAUCCAAAGAAGGCUUGGGAUUUCUUCACCUCUCGGGAUUUUGAUCCACAAUGGCUAGACGGGGGAGCAUCCAUGACUUGGUUCAUGGCGUACGCGGCAGCACUUGGUCGACUGUGA